GGUCCUGUAUACAGCAUCCCACUUGACUGCCGUUACGUCAUCAAGAACUUUACAUAUUAUUCCCUAUUUGGUAUCUCUAUUUAACAAAUGUUAGAUAAUUCUGAAGUCUUUAACAGCAUCACCAUCCACCAGAAAAUGAUUCAGUGCAUCUCUUUAUCACCUGUAUGGACAUAUUUCAAGGCAGUACAACAGGAUAUUGGCCUUUUAGGUGUUCAUUCAGAUGAUGACGAUGAUGAUUGAACUAUGCAGCAGCUCUCUGCCUGGAUUGUGAUGCUGUUAAAGUGAAUGGUUACUAUUGGUUAGUUUUAAUCUUUGAUUAAUAAAGAAACAUUAGUGAAGCUCCAUGUUUCCAAAGUUGAUAUCAGUUCCUCGCUUGUGUAAACAUCAUCUGAAUCAGUUUUUGAAGCAGCAUUUUCGUAAAUUUGUGACUGCCCCUACAUCUUCAGAAUCACAUGUACCUCGUGUGUGUGUGGUAGGGAGUGGGCCUGCUGGGUUUUAUACAGCCCAACAACUCCUCAAGGGCAAUCCUGAUGUCUUGGUAGAUAUCUAUGAGAAGUUACCAGUUCCAUUCGGACUAGUGCGAUUUGGAGUAGCACCAGAUCACCCUGAGGUCAAGAAUGUGAUCAACACUUUCACUAAAACAGCCCAGUCAGAAAGGUGUUCCUUUAUUGGCAAUGUAGAGGUGGGAAGGGAUGUAACUUUGCAACAACUUAGGGAUGCAUAUUCAGCUGUUGUGCUUGCAUAUGGUGCUGAUGAUGACAAGGCACUAGGAGUCCCAGGGGAGGAUUUGGACAACGUUGUAUCGGCGAGAUCAUUUGUUGGAUGGUUCAAUGGACUUCCCCAAGACAGAGAUUUGAAGGUAGAUCUGAGUGCAGAGAGAGCAGUCAUUCUCGGACAAGGAAAUGUGGCUUUAGAUGUGGCUCGGAUCCUCCUCACUCCAGUUGACAUACUAAAGAAAACAGAUAUAUCCCAGCAUGCCCUUGAUGCUCUUUCAAAUAGCAGUGUAAAAGAAGUGCUGUUGGUUGGUCGGCGAGGACCAUUACAAGUUGCCUUCACUAUCAAGGAAUUGCGUGAAAUGAUCAAAAUUCCAGACUGUUGGCCAAAUCUCACUCCUGAAGACUAUCUUGGACUCCAAAAUCUAAUACCAGACCUGCCACGCCCGAGGAGACGAUUGACAGAACUACUCUACAAAACGGCACAUGAGCCUACUGAUGUAGAUAGGAAAUUAUGGGCAAAUGCCAAACGGGAAUGGAAACUUCGUUUCCUGAGGAGUCCAUUACAUAUUUAUGGAGAAACUACGGUCAAAGGGAUCAGAUUUGCAAUCAAUAGACUUGAGGGAGAUGACCUAGUUGAGAAGAAAGCUGUCCUUUCAAAGGAAACAGAAGACAUAGACUGUGGUCUGGUGCUGAGGAGUAUAGGCUACCGGAGUGUAGCUAUUGACAAGGACAUUCCUUUUAACUUUACAAAAGGGGUAAUCUCCCAUACACAGGGAAGAGUUGAGGGAAUCACUGGUGUUUACUGUAGUGGAUGGGUUAACACAGGCCCUGUAGGAGUCAUUUUGACCACAAUGACCAAUGGUUUUGACAUUGGCAAGACUGUCAUCCAGGACCUAUCUAAUGGUGUGCUAGAGGUGUCUGGUAAACAGGGCAAGGAAGACAUACUUCCUCAGCUACAAAAAUCAGGGAUCCAAGUUGUGCAUUUUUCUGACUGGAGGAAGAUAGAUGAAGUUGAAGUGAAAAAUGGCAAAGAUUGUGGAAAACCAAGAGAAAAAUUUGUAGACAUUGACACCAUGUUAAAAAUUGCCUCUUCGACUGUAUAGAUACAUAACAAUUGAUUAUAUCUUCACCUUGUGAAUUGAUAUUCCACUGUGAAGUUUUAAUAAUUCUCAGAAGUUUACAUGUACUUGUAAAAGAAAACUACCAAUAGGAACAGGGUAAUUUAUUCUGUAAAAUGCACAGCUUUAAAACCUGAAAAUUUAAUAAAUUAAUAAAAAAAAAACCAUUUUACAUAAUAAAAGGAGUAAUGUUUACAAAAGCUAGGAACAAUAGAAACAAGAAACUGUCACAGAAUUCUUAUUCUCUGAAUGCAGAAACACUGAAAUUGGUCUACAUGUACUAUUGAUUUGCAUGAUUUUGUUAUUGUUUGUGAACAUGUUGUUAAAUAAACUACAGCUACGAUAU